CCAUCGUCCUUUGCUUGUCCGACCGAACGCACCUCUUCGACCGUCGACAAUCCCGCGCCCUCCGUCUUGACCGCGCAUCACCGUCAAGAUGAAGCUCAACAUUUCCUACCCGGCCAAUGGGUCCCAGAAGAUCGUCGAAAUCGACGAUGACCGCAAGCUUCGUCCUUUCAUGGAGAAGCGCAUGGGCGCCGAAGUCCCCGGCGACUCUCUCGGCGAUGAAUUCAAGGGUUACCUGUUCAAGAUAACUGGUGGUAACGACAAGCAAGGUUUCCCCAUGAAGCAGGGUGUUCUCCUCCCCACCCGUACUCGCCUCCUUCUCGCCGAUGGCCACAGCUGCUACCGUCCCCGCCGUACCGGUGAGCGCAAGCGCAAGAGUGUCCGCGGUGCCAUUACCGGUCAGGACCUUGCUGUCUUGGCUCUCAGCAUCGUCAAGCAGGGUGAGGGCGAGCUCCCCGGCCUGACCGACACCAUCGUUCCCAAGAGACUCGGACCCAAGCGUGCCACUAAGAUCCGCCGCUUCUUCGGUCUCGACAAGAAGGAUGACGUCCGCAAGUUCGUUAUCCGCCGCACCGUCACCGCCAAGGAGGGCAAGAAGGACUACACCAAGGCCCCCAAGAUCCAGCGUCUGGUGACCCCCCAGCGUCUCCAGCGCAAGCGUCACAGGAUUGCGCUCAAGCGCCGCCGCGCUGAGACUGCCCGCGAGGCUGCGUAAUAACGACUACGCCAAGCUCCUCGCCACCCGUGUCCACGAAGAGAAGGCCAAGAAGGAUGAGCUCCGCAAGCGGAGGGCUUCCUCCAUGAGGAAGUAGAGGGUGUUUUGGUUGUUUUUCUUUCUCUGAGGGGUUUCUAAUGGUCGGGUUACGUACGUCUCUCUGUUAUGGCUAGGGAAAGGAAAGGCAAAAAAGAAACAGAAUCUCAAGACACGACGGUCAUCAUCUUCCUCUACCUCACCCUUUUUUUUGUAAGAAAAGAAAAUAGGACAGCACGCGGAGCCUCUUCAUUGGGAGUGAAGAGAGAGUCUUCAGUUUGCUGAGAGCCUCGAAGGCUGGGGGCAGCA